GAAUCCUUCUUCUAGACAGAGAUCAAGACACCAGCACCAGCUGAAAUUCUAACCCUCAGUCCCGAAAGCCACAGGAGCAUGAUUCAUACAUUACUGGAUCCUUGUAAUAAAUUCCUAUAAUUCUAGCAUCAUACUAUGCAAAGAAUAUAUUUUUAUCAUAUCUAAGGGCAUUGUAGCCACUGGCACAUAAAUGAAUUGUGCUUCUGUGGCUUCUGUUUCUGAACACUACCACUGAUACUUGUCAUGCAUUGAUAAGACUUGCUGUAGAGAUAAGGGAGCUGCCUGGUUAUUGAUAGGGACAUUUACACAGUAAAUAUGGAUAUGAGAGGUGGCAUAUACUCCCUGCUUCUUGCACUGGCUUUAUGUAAGAAUGCACCUGUAUAUGCUGCACAGAGGACAUCUAGUGCAGAAGAAAGCCAUCGUUUUUCAUCUGUGGCACUACACAAUGAUAUUUUGGAUUUUACUGAACAAGCCGAAUACAAUAUUGUUAAGGCAUAUGAAGUGGACAGAGAUGGGAAUUACAUCACACAUGAAAUUAGCCAUAGUCAUAGACGCAAAAGAUCCGUAGAAAUGGGACCUGUUCAUCUCAAGAUUCAUGGAUUUGGAAAUGAUCUGCAUAUGGAAUUAAAAUCUGCCAAAAAUUUAAUGGCUCCAGGAUUUACAGUUCAAACAUUUAGAGAUGGAAGGACCAAGUCUACAGAAGUUUACUCAUCUCAUGACUUCUGCUUUUAUCAAGGAACUCUGCUAAACGAUGAGAACUCAACAGUAGCACUUUCAACGUGCAAUGGCCUGUCGGGCUUCAUACGGACACAAGAUGCUGAUUAUUUCUUGAAACCGCUGCCUGAACAUAUUGCACUCAAGCACAAUUACUCCACCUCAGAUGGCCACCAGCCCCAUAUCCUAUAUAAGAGAUCAACUGACAAACAAAUGUACAAGGAAAAUAUGGUAUCUCUAGUUGAGAGGCCACAAGAACUGGAAAAUCAUAAUUGGAUUUACCACGCCCAUGCAAAACCAUCUCAUCGAGAUCAACGUCAAAGACAUGGAAGAAGUGACAAACAGCACUACUGUGGAAGACGCAAGAAAUACAUGCCUAAGCCUCCCAAAGAAGAUAUUUACAUUUUACCUGAUGAAUACAAAUACCAAAGAAGGGUCAAACGGUCACUGAUAAAGCCACCAAGGAACAAACCCUUAAAUGUGGAAACUCUUGUUGUUGUUGACAAGAAAAUGAUGCAAAAUCAUGGUCAUGAAAACAUCACCACCUACGUUUUGACAAUACUCAAUAUGGUGUCUGCUUUGUUCAAGGAUGGAACAAUAGGAGGAAACAUUAACAUUGUCAUUGUUGGUCUUAUUCUAUUAGAAGAUGGGCAGCCUGGCCUUGUAAUAAGUCAUCAUGCUGAUCACACACUGAGCAGUUUCUGCCAAUGGCAGUCUGGUCUUGUGGGAAAAGAUGGCAGUCGGCAUGAUCAUGCCAUUCUACUUACUGGUUUGGAUAUAUGUUCCUGGAAGAAUGAACCAUGUGACACAUUAGGGUUUGCUCCAAUUAAUGGUAUGUGCAGUAAAUAUCGUAGCUGUACUAUCAAUGAGGACACUGGGCUAGGACUGGCAUUUACCAUCGCUCAUGAGUCAGGUCACAAUUUUGGUAUGAUCCACGAUGGAGAGGGGAAUAUAUGUAAGAAGUCUGAAGGCAACAUAAUGUCCCCAACCUUAGCAGGACAUAAUGGGGUCUUCUCUUGGUCUGCCUGCAGCAGACAGUAUUUGUAUAAAUUUUUAAGUUCUUCUCAAGCCAUUUGCCUGGCUGAUGAUCCUAAACCGGGGAAGGAAUAUAAAUACCCUGAAAAGCUUCCGGGAGAAUUGUAUGAUGCCAACACACAGUGCAAGUGGCAAUUUGGAGAAAAGGCCAAGCUCUGUAUGCUGGACUUUAAAAAGGAUAUAUGUAAAGCACUCUGGUGUCACAGAAUUGGAAGAAAAUGUGAGACAAAAUUUAUGCCAGCAGCAGAAGGCACAACAUGUGGGCAUGAUAUGUGGUGCCGAAGAGGUCAGUGUGUGAAACAUGGUGAUGAAGGACCCAUGCCUACAAAUGGUCAAUGGUCUGACUGGUCAGCUUGGUCCCCAUGCUCCAGGACAUGUGGUGGAGGUAUCUCAUAUAAAGAACGGCACUGUAAUAACCCACGACCUUUUCAUGGUGGAAAAUUCUGUGAUGGUUCUCCUCGAUCAUUUAAACUUUGCAAUACACAGAAGUGUCCCAAGAAUAGUAUUGACUAUAGAGCCCAACAAUGUGCAGAGUAUAACAGUAAGCCAUUCAGAGGCUGGUAUUAUCACUGGAAGCCCUACACCCGAGUUGAAGAACAAGAUUACUGUAAAUUAUACUGUAUUGCAGAAGGUUUUGAUUUCUUCUUUUCCCUAUCAAACAAAGUGAAAGAUGGAACUCGGUGCUCUGAGCACAGUAAUAAUGUCUGUAUUGAUGGUAUUUGUGAGACAGUUGGCUGCGACCAGAUCCUGGGAUCUAAUGCUAUGUAUGAUUCCUGUGGUGUAUGCAAAGGAGACAACACAACCUGCAAGAUCUACAGAAGCCAGUAUACAAAACAGCACUACUCUAAUCACUAUUAUUCACUGGUUACUGUUCCUGCUGGUGCUCGUAGCAUUCGUGUUUCUGAAAUGAAUAUCUCUACCUCUUUCAUCUCUGUACGUAACACACAAAAAAAAUACUACCUCAAUGGAUAUUGGACCAUCGACUGGCCUGGUCAAUAUAAAUUUGCUGGAGCAGUCUUUGAAUACAAAAGACCUUACAAUAAUCCAGAGACUUUGGUUUCUGCUGGACCAACAAAUGAAACAAUAGUAGUAGAAAUUCUACUUCAAGGUAAAAACCCUGGGAUAAUGUGGGAGUACUCCAUACCCAAACAGGAGAAUGAGAGGAGGAUGCCACCAAAGCACAACUUAACAUGGGCCAUUAUUCGCUCAGAGUGUUCUGCAUCCUGUGGAGGAGGUUACAUGAACACCAAAGAAGCAUGCUACAAAGAUAUGCGGAUUCAGGUCAAUACUUCAUUCUGUAAUGCAAAGCAUCGACCUAUCACUGGACGAGUCCCUUGUAACUUACAAGCCUGUUCCCCAGGUUGGUCCAUGGGAAACUGGACAACAUGUAGUCAGACAUGCGGGACUGGUGAACAGUUUAGACAAAUUCACUGUGAGCAGAAGGCAAACUACAAAAUGGAAAUUGUGGCACAUAAACUGUGCUCCACAACACCGCCUGUCCAUCGUCAACAAUGUAAUACACAGAGAUGUCCACCAGCAUGGAGUAUUGGACCUUGGUCAGAGUGUUCCAGAACCUGUGGUAAAGGUUGGAGAAAACGAUCAGUGGUUUGCAAGAGUACUAACCCUUUCCAACGAGCACAGAUUCUUCAAGACUCAACCUGUACAUCUGAGUUCAAGCCUAAAACGCAAGAGAAUUGUCUUGUUAAACGCUGCAAAUCCAAGGAGCUGAAAUGGUUAGUGACAGACUGGUCAAAGUGUUCUGUAACAUGCGGCAUUGGUUUUCAGAAAAGAACACUGCAAUGUAUAGAAAAGCAUGUUUCAGGAAAAUCUAGAGAUUUAUCUGCCAAAAAAUGCUUAAACCUGGAAAAACCAAUUGUAGAACUUGAAAAAGUCUGUAAACAGCCUGAAUGUCCAAGAUACCCAUUCCAGCCUGUGAUCAUUCAUCCACGAGGAGCCUGGUAUUCUUCUCCAUGGUCUCAGUGCUCAGUAAGUUGUGGAGGAGGGAUUCAAGAACGUACAGUACAAUGUCUUAGUCAUGGACGCGUUUCUAAUGGGUGCCUUGCUAGUCAAAAACCUGUAACAUCUCAGGCAUGUAAUACUGAAUUUUGCCCUAUUGAAAAAAAAGAUGUGUUCUGCAAAGAUUACUAUAACUGGUGUCAUUUAGUACCCCAACAUGGAGUGUGUGGUCACAAAUUCUACGGCAAGCAAUGCUGCAGAUCCUGCUCCAAAUCAAAACUAUAACAUACAAAUGCUGUCAGGAAUACUGGAUGCAACCAAGAUUUGAAGCUUAUCAAAAGUGCUGUCUACAAGUGCUGUUAGUAUUGUGCAAACCCACAGUCCUUUGAUAAAAUAUUUAUAUUUGAAGAGUUGUUAACCGACAAAGUAUCAGGGUAAGCAGAAAAGCGUAUAUUGAGACAUGCCAUACUGUACAAGAUUUCCCAAUAUAUACAAGCCAUUUGUUUCUGAACGACUAAUUAUUUCAUGCUGGAAAGCACACAGAAACUUUUAAUUUCAGCAAGAAGAGCAGCAGGAAAAUGGUGCAGAACAAAUUUUAUGGCUCAUCUUGCUUCACUUGUGUUGUACAGAGGUUAUGACUAAAGAGAACAUUUGUGUUCCACCAGUCAGUGUUCCCAUCCAAGUUGUCAUUACAGAGCACUUCCGACAGCUGGAUUCAAGUGCUCAGAAGGAAAUGUCGGCACGGCUGAUUUUAUCAACUGCUGUAAAACCCAACCAUAUUGCAAAAAUGACUGCAUUCAGUUCAUACAGACAUCCCUUCAAUGUAAAGCUGGACUUGGAAGAUUUGAUAUCCAGUCUUCUGGUUUAGCCAGCGUGUUCUAUUGGUGCUAGCAUUUUGCCUUGACUACACUGGCAACGUCUUGGCUUCAUUAUAUUUUUAAGGUGCUUCUUUUACUGCUUUUCCAUAACUAAAAAGUAAACUCAGUUCCUUACAAAUAACAAUACGUCACUGUAAAGGUACUACAUCAAUUCAUUAUAUCACAGCUUAAUAAUAAUAAUAAUAAUAACAACAAUAAUAAUAAUAGGCUCUCUUACACUAAAUGUCAGUAUUUAUGAUCAAAUCUGAAAGUGCAUAUAGUAAUGCUGAAAAAAAAUGGAUUACAGUUUUGGUGCUACACUUCUCACUAAUCUUUAAUGUACUGGAGAGGUUUUCAACAAAUUUAUCAUGGUUGUGAAUGCCUC